CACACGCACACACACACACACACAUCUCUGGAGAGCUGCACCUCGUCUUCCUUCAGUGCAGCUUGCACUUGCAGAGACUUUCUAACACAUGCGGCAACAUUCAGGCUGAACGCCAUGCGGCCGUCCUUCUCUGCUAGUCUGGAGCCCGGUCUGGAGCGAGGUGUCCCGUGGGGUCGUGACCUCUUCACCUUUGUGACUUCAGCAGCAGGUCACAUGAUGCGGACUCUUCAAAAGCCCCGGAAGAGCCGUCCGUCCAAGCGGCAGGUCAACCACCGCCGCUUCCUGCACAACAUGAUCCAGAGGAAAUUUGCAGAUAUAGAAGCAGCGAACCAUCGUCUGGCGUCAGCCCUUUAUGUUAAGGACACACAGGAGCCUCUGGAGCCGCAGGGCUCCACGUCCCAGAGCGAGGCUCUGCAGGGUCCUGAUCAGAGCGGAGGUCAAACAGAUGCAAAGGGCAUCUCAAAGUCGAGGAGCGACGCUUCUGUUGCCGGGGAACCAAAGGAGCUGGACGAUAAACAAAGAAAAUCCACCAACAACCAAAACAAGAUGAGACAAACCAAUGAAAAAAGAAGAAACAAAGCUGUUGAGUUCUCAGAGGUUUUUCUGGAGGCAGACCUCCUUCAGUCUGAAUAUCCCUGUCACCAAAACCAUAUGAAUCCAAUUGGCUACCGCAAUGAAAACAACCAACACCCAAAUGUUAUUGUUCUCGCCCAAAACGAGGACGAUUCUCCUCCUUUCUCCCCAGAGCUCUCUCCGCUGUCUCUCGACUCUUGUGAUUUCUCAGCUCAGAUGCUGACGGACCUCUCAACCAACACAGAACAAGAAUCCAUCCGGGACAUAACCGAGCUCUUCACGGACCCAGUGGGUCACGUGGACGUAGGGUCCUACUUUGAAACCAUCUGUCCGCGCCGGGUGGAAGACAUGAUUCUGUCUGAUAACUUCACCGGGUUGGAGGAGAACAUGGAGCCCGAACGCAGCUUUGGCUACAGCUGCGAAGAAGAUCGAGGAGGGACCGUAGAUUACGUCCAGCGUAACCCAGGAAACUCCCGUCAGCCGAGACAAAGUGAAUACAAAGCGAGUGCCUCCAUCUUCAGCGUCACUGAGCAGCAGGGGAGCUGCUGCAUGCUGGGAAACGACCUGAACGUCGCACCGUUUGAAGGCGUGGCUCAAUCUUUCCCCGUUCCGCCCCCUCAGCAGGAGCGUCGUCCCGUACCGACGCCUCCUCACGAGGACGACUGGCCGUUUCCUGACAUCCUGAAGGACGGGCAACUCCCUUACUGCUGAAGCCACACGUUUACGGAGCUUCAUUACGCUGAGGUUCAUAUUUAAACGUGAACAUUUCUGCAUGUUUUUAAACUUUUUACUGAUUCUACAAAAAGCUUAAAAGAAAACGACCCAAACAGUUUUCAGGAAAAAGUUACGUUUUUUUAGUGUCUGGAAAAUGAGCCGUUUCAAAAGCCUCUUGAGUCACCGUUACCUAGCAACUGCACACUGGAAAAAACUCCGGUAGUCCAACUUAAUUUUUUUAAAUUUGUUACAAGUAAUCAAAUUAAGUUUUUCCGAGUAAAUAUAUGAAGUUGUAUUAUAAUGAAAAGUAAGUACAUUAAGGUUGACAUACUUAUGAAUCAGAGGUUUCCCAUUUUCACUUUGGGCCAUAUCAAAAAUCUGAAUGUUCCUAAAGGGCCGGUUGUGCCAGAAUAUAUUGAUAAAACCCAUUAAAUUGUUAAAAUAUCAAUAAAUUGGUGUUUGCUUCAGCAUUCAUUAAGUAUUUCUUAAAAUUAAAUAAUAUUGAAAGUCUUUUCACACCAAUCAGUGCAUUCAGGAUUUUUGUGAUUGUGGUUUUUUUUAGCAAUCAAAAUCACUUAUUUUGUGAUGCCAGUUUAGAAAAUUUGUAAGGAAUUUUUUUACAAAUUUUCAUACAUUAUUUGCGCUAAUAUAUGAUGUUAAGCGUGACUUUCACGGACUAUGAUUUGAUGUCAACUGGGACGGCAGUCACUUAAACCCAAUGUUUUUGGCCAAUUUUGAGGGAACUUUGCAGUAAAAAUGUGAAAAGAAUGUGGGGAUGUGUUGAUUUUGUGUUCAUUUUACAGGUUUGUGAAAAACUUGAGGGAGUAAUUGAUGUAAUUAGGAGUUUAAAGGGCCACAUGUAAUAUAUUAACAAAUUUUCUUUAAGUUGAGUUCCAUUUUUUUUUUUUUUUCAGUGCAGCUGAGCUCACUGAAAAGCUCAGCUGGUUUUAUCACUGCAUGCUCAGAAGCACCUGUUUGGAUUUAAAGUGACAAGACGCCCUAAAGCAGCUCUGUCUGAAAGGAACCAGAGUAAAAUCUCAUUAUCUAAAAAUAACUCUGUGCAAAAAUAUGUUGACAUGUUUUGUAGCCGUAGCCUGUUAAGGAAGCAUAAAUGGUCACCUUUAAGUUGCUUUAUAACUAAAUAAUAUUUUGUAGACCAUAAGACCUGGAUUACAUGGAUAAGUUGAGAUGUUUUUAUUCAUUUUUUUCUUAAUCAGCAGGACAAGAAGAGCUUUGCAGAAGUAUUCACAGUAUUCAUUUUGUCAUAGUAGAACUACAAAUGUGUUUUUAUGAGGCAUUAUGUGAUGCAUUGUGUGCAACAUAAACAAUUUUCUUUGGAAAAAAUGGCUCCAGCUCAGGUAGUUUAGAUG